UCCUGACAUAAAUUCAAUUCACUUAUUCCAAAAUUUCAAAACGAUUACUACGUUAAGUAAAUUAUUCCAAAUCUCAAAUGAUAAUGUGUGAAUGAGACUAAGUCGAAGUAUUAUGAAACUGUAGAGAUAAAUAAAUUGACCCAUUUGUAUUUUAUUCGUUCAAUUAUCUCAUUACUUUGCGCUGAACUAUUUAAGCCUUUUAGCUUCACUACUAUUUCAGGAAAAACUCUUCAAUUUUUCCUUUCAUAAUAUUGUUCGUGAGAGUGAUAAAUAAUGGCUUUUUAAUAUUCUAUUAUGAUGGCAACAAGACUAGACCAUGGUGCAGGGAAAAGUGUUACGGAAAUUUUGGGUUAUGAAAAUGACUUCAAAGAAAAACACUACCCCUUCAAAGCAAUGCCCAAUAGGGCCAAUGGGUUUAAGAAGUAUUCUAAUAAUUUCAAAAAUUCAAGUGGGUAUGUUUUGACUUCUUCAGAGGAUGAAACUAACAGGAAACAAAAGGGCCUGAAUGGAACCAAGACUUACAACCAUCAUGACACAAGGUCUAAAACCAAACCUGUGAAUGAAUCAUUUGAAUCACCCAGCUUGAUAACAGCUUUUUUGGCACAACUCAGUUUUUACAUUUUGAUGCUAUUGGGUUUUCUCAGUCAAACGCUGUUCCCCCUGAAAAUUGUAAGGGAAAAGAAUAGGGAUGGAUAUCCACCGCUUUUCGACAAGUUUUCUGCAUUUUACUCACGCUAUGUCUACAGAAGAAUUAGGGACUGCUGGAAUUAUCCUAUUUGUAGUGUUCCUGGAAAGGAGGUUGUUUUGAAAGAGAGGUACACUCCUGAUAAUGGUUGGACCUUCAAAUUUACUGGCCGUGAACUGAAGUGUUUAAAUUUAGCGUCAUAUAAUUAUCUAGGUUUCGCUGAGUCUUCUGGUCCUUGUGCUGAAUUAGCUAUUAACUCAAUUUAUAAAUAUGGUGUCUCAACAGGUGGUACAAGACAAAAGUAUGGCACCAGUGAAAUACAUGUGGAGCUUGAAUCACUGCUUUCUCAGUUUUUGGGUACAGAAGAUGCUAUAACUUUUGGAAUGGGGUAUGCCACAAAUGCUUUAAACAUACCCAAGUUGAUCGGACCUGGUUGCUUAGUUAUAAGUGAUGAAAAGAAUCAUGCUUCUCUGAUUGUGGGCUUAAGACUUCCGGGUGCUACAGUGAAAGUCUUCAAACAUAAUGAUGUUAAGCACCUUGAAGAAAUCCUUCAAGAAAGCAUUAUCCAAGGGCAACCUAAUCAACCAAAGGAUCAGCACAGAUCAUGGAGCAAAAUUCUCAUUGUGGUAGAAGGUGUUUACAGUAUGGAAGGAAGUAUUGUGAGAUUGCCAGAAAUCAUAGCUCUUAAAAAAAAGUACAAAGCUUAUCUCUACCUGGAUGAAGCUCACAGCAUUGGUGCCAUGGGACGUCAUGGUAAAGGCGUCAUCGAUUACUUUGAUUGUGAUCCAAAAGAUGUUGACAUUCAAAUGGGUACCUUUACCAAAAGUUUUGGCUCUGCUGGUGGUUACAUAGCAGGUUCAAAGGAUUUAAUAAGUUUCCUUAGGGAACACAGCUAUGCUUCUUGCCAUGCCUGGGCCAUGCCACCACCCGUAGCAGCUCAAAUAGUGGCAGUCUUGAAGAUUUUGAUGGGUAAAGAUGGCUCGAAUGAAGGCCAUAAGAGAAUCGAGGCACUUGCAAGAAAUACACGCUAUUUCAGAAUGAGACUUGAGCAGAUGGGCGUUAUCAUUCAUGGUAAUGAUGACUCGCCAGUUGUUCCUAUUUUGGUCUAUUUGUACUCGAAAAUUGUUAUUAUGGUGAGAACCCUUUACAAAUAUCAGAUAGCCACUGUGGGAGUGGGUUAUCCUGCAACUCCUCUCUAUGAGGGGCGGAUUCGUAUAUGUUUAUCGGCAGCUCACACCAAAGAACAACUAGAUUAUGCUCUGGACAUAAUUGAAAAAGUUGCUGAAGAAGUAGGAUUGAAACAUUCAAGGAAACCAAGGAAUCCGAAUCCCGUUGAAUAUGAUAAAAUCAAAAUUUAUCAAAACUGAUAAAAAAAAAAUUUAUUAACUCAGUAGAGUUGACUUUUUAAUUUGGAAUUAUGCAAGGUAAACAUUAUACAGGGUGAUUGAUGGUUGCUUGCACCUCAGACGUUCAUGGGAAUGCAUGGAAAACAGAAUGUAACAUUUGCCUAAAAAUUUCGUCAGAUACAUUGGUCGCAUCGAUUUGAAAUAAUUUUUGAGAUUCCUUGUUACCGCAUCGUAAUAAUCUCUGAUAUUUCAAUUGGAACAGCUUGUACUUUUUCGUAUCCGUCGGUUCAUAACGAAAUUUCAACAUAAAGGUCAUCAAUAUUCUGAGAUGAACAUCGUGCAUUAUUCCUUCUGUAAUCAAUCACUCUGUAUAUAAUUUUUUUUCCACAAGUGUUCAAUAUUGAUAUUUUUAUAAUGUUGAAAAACUGCACUUCAAUUUUCAAAAAACUUUGUAUUAUAUUUCCUUCAUUCUUUCUCAGAAUGAUACUGUGGUUUUAUAUUUUUGGGACUUUAAUUUUUGUUGAUCUGAGACCAGUAAAUUAUUAGUAUGGAAAUUGAAGAAAUGUUUCAAUUCUACUGGGUUAACAUGAUUUUAUUAACUAAAAAGGGUUCCAACAAACCAGUCUUUUAGAAAUUCUAUAGGUUUAGAUAGUUUCUCAGCUUACCUGAACUCAAACAGUAGUAUUAUGGUAGUUUGUUGAAUCUUACUCAUUUUGAAAUAAUGAAGUCUUGAUGAUAUUCCACCUGAUGAAAAGGUAUAUAAUAUUGAUUCGAAUAUAGUUUUAGUAAACCUUUUUAGAAAAAAUAUACCCCAAAGGAUGUGAUCUUGAGAAAGUGAUCCUUUGGAAUACAUAUCUCUUAAAAACAAAUCUUAUUGUAUAGCUUUCGAAAGGGAUAUUCAUCAAAUCAUCACUUAAAACCAGUAGGUAUUUUAAAUUAUUAUUCGGUAUUCAAGAAGACUCAGAAUUAUACUUUUUAUAUUGGUUCUAGUAAAAUCCUAUAAUUGUAUUUUUACAUUCCUCAAAGGUCACACUGAGUUUUUGCAGUUCCUUUUUUUUUAAAUUGUCAAAAACUUAUUGUUGUGAUGAUAUUUUUCCAGUAUUAUAGUUACGUGUAUGUAAUUUAAGUGUUUUAGUAAGGUUUUUUUCAACCUUCAAAUAUUCAUCUCAGUAACAUUAUUUAUUUACUUAUAUUAAUCUGUUUUUUGUUGUUAUUAUAUUUUUUUAGUAUUUCACUGAGAGAAUCUCAUUCUUAUAUCGAAUAAUUACAUAUGCUUAAGUAACAGAUUAAAAGCACUUGCUAUUUUAAGAUAUAACACUUGGAAUUCAAUGCUAUAAAGUUCAGAAAAAGUCCCAUAUGAGGCAAAUGUAAAUAUUUAGAUGCGAACUGAACGAUAUAUAUGACUAUAUAUUUAUAUAAUCAACACAAUUCUUCGUUUCUAUAAUAUUGUGUUACAGAAUCCUCACGCCAAGUAUUUUGAAAACACCAUAUAUUAUCUUCGAGUUCUGCUUAUCGAUGACACUGAAUAUAUAGUCAUUAUGCAAUUCUGGAGCCUGAUGUAGUGAUUGAGAAAGUAGAUCUACUGCUGAACAUAUCGUCAAUUUUAAUUUCUGGAAUGAAGAUCCCAUUCUGAUGUUUCCUAUAAUUUUUUAUAAUUCAGUAUUCUCAACAUUUUAUUUUGUACUAGAAAUUUUUAGUGAAAAUAUUCUUUAAUGAUUUUGACAUAUUUAUGUUUGUGUGUAUGGAGAAAAUAUUUUUAUAUGUGCUAUUUUAUUUGCCUUUCACAAAUAUGAGUGUCAUUUCAUGAUUCGACUGAUUUCAUUGUAUGUAGCUUUAAGUCAAAAAAAUAUUAGCAUAAGCGGUGAUUGAGUAUAUCUUUAUUUGCAUUGUCUUAUAUAUUAGAUUUGUUUUUACUAUUCGACUGAAAUUGUUUUGUUAUGAGAAAAUACCAUUAUUUAUUGAUAAUCAAGCACAAAUAUUUCCCUUUUUUUAGGCCUCACACCAUCCAUUUGAAAUGCUUUGUUUACUUCAGUGGAAUGAAUGUGAUUAAAUUUAAAAUUAACAUACUCCUUUUCAAGCAAUGUUUUGGCAGGUUAAGGAAUUGUUGAAUUAUUAUUUUUAUCAAUACAUUUUGAGAUCUGGUUACUGAA